GGCCGGCCCGCGAAGGCGCCUCUCUCGCCCUCCUUUUAGCUUUCUUUUCACGAAGAUUAGAAGGCGAAGACGUGAGAAGGGAAAAAUAUCUGAAUUUGUUUGUUGUUAGGGAUAAUAGGAUCUCGGAGAUCUGUGAUGGCGGAGAUUUGCUGUGAGACGGAGGCGAUGGCAGCCGCCGACGCCGCCUGCGAGCCGAGGUCCCGCGCCGCGAGGCGGCGAAGGAUGGAGAUCCGGCGUUUCAGGUUCAUCGCCAGCUCGGAGGAGGUGGCGCCGGCGGACGAGGAGCUGAGCCGCAAGAGGCGGAGGCUGCACUGCUUCGCCUGGCCGAAGGCUUCGCGGAAGGAUCCCGCCGAGGACGCCGCGGAGGAGCCAGUGGACCGCGGUAACGGAACCGAGAACACGUUGAGUUCGGACGCGGACGCGAGCUCUGGACCGGAGGCUCCUCAGGCGAGAGCGGUGGGAUCGGGGCCGUCCGAUCUGGGCCUGAGGUACGUUGCCGCCGGAACGGGGCCAUCCGAUCUGUGCCCGAGGUAUGGGAUGACCUCCGUUCGCGGCCGGAGGAGAGAAAUGGAGGACGCCGCAUCCAUGCGCCCUGAUUUCCUCCGGCGAUGCCGUGAACCUUACGGUAGACACCAUUUCUUCGGUGUCUACGAUGGCCACGGAUGCUCGCACGUGGCGGUGUCGUGCAAAGAUCGGAUGCACGAGAUAAUAGCGGAGGAAGCAGGGAGCAUGAGAUCGGGUCCUCCGCCGGCAGAGGAGUGGAGGGAGGUGAUGGAGCGGAGCUUCGCGCGGAUGGACGCGGAGGCGGUGGCGUGGUGCGGCAGCGGCCCGCGGGAUCCGGCCAGCUGCCGGUGCGAGCUGCAGACCCCGAGGUGCGACCACGUGGGGUCAACCGCCGUCGUGGCCGUCGUGGGCCCCGCCCGCAUCGUCGUCGCCAACUGCGGCGACUCACGCGCCGUCCUCUGCCGCAACGGCGUCCCCAUCCCCCUCUCCUCCGACCACAAGCCGGAUCGGCCGGACGAGCUGGAGCGGAUCCAGGCGGCGGGCGGGCGGGUGAUCUAUUGGGAAGGGGCGAGGGUUCUCGGGGUGCUCGCCAUGUCCCGAGCCAUCGGAGAUAGCUACCUGAAGCCGUACGUGGUAUCGGAACCGGAGGUGAGCGUGACCGAGAGGGAGGAGGGGGACGAGUGCCUGAUCCUGGCGAGCGACGGGCUGUGGGACGUGGUCACCAACGAGACAGCGUGCGACAUCGCCCGGAUGUGCCUGCGGAGCGGCGCACCGGCGGCGGCGGCGGCGGAGGAGGAGGAGGAGGAGGAGAGAAGACGUUUCAAGGAUAAGGCGUGCUCCGACGCGGCGAUGCUGCUGACGAGGCUGGCGCUGGCGAGGCAGAGCGCGGAUAAUAUCAGCGUCGUCGUGAUUGAUCUCAGGAGGAGCUCGUACUAGACGGUAUUCUUCGGUUGGGGGGCGAAGAAUACGAAUAUUUUAGAUUUUGCGUUUUUUUUUUUUAACUGUUUUAGAUGUUAAUAUUGUCUCCACUGGAUUCGUUUGAAAGUUGACGAAUCGAUGGGGAGAGGGAAAGCGAAACGAAAAGAAAGAUGAUGAAUGCAGAGAGAUUUCGGAGGUGGAGGAGAAGAAUAGGUAGCGCCCUGUGUUAUGGAGUGUUGGAUAAUGAAGUGAAAUCCAAUUUCUUCGAGUAAUGCUUUUUUUUAAAACAAAAUUAUUUUGGCAUAGAAAGGAACCUGGUCACAGGUUCAACAAGUGA